AUGCAUGGUAAGUUACUCGGUGUUGAUUUUGGCACUUCUCACUUUGUCAAUUUUGCUGCUUCCCUUGGUGUUGCCUCCCCUGCCACCACCACCCUUGUUGCUUCUCUUUGUUCCCGUUUUCAUCAUGGUGCUUCUCUUUCUCUUCGCCUUUUCACCUUCCACACUGCCAAACAUGGCUGUCCUUACAUCGUGAUGUUGUGUGCCAUGGUGUUGUUGUAG